UUCAGUCGGUCUAUAUGUUGAAAGAUUUCACAUCUGCUCCACCUGCCAGAAAGUGAGAUGUACAUCAAGACUUGAGGAACAACAUUAGCUCCAGAUCAGCCGCUGAUGUGGGGUGCAAAGCUGGAUAUAACUUUUUUCACAACUUUAAGUUGCAACUUUUGUGGAGAUGUUUGUGUUUUGUAUGAAGCGACAAGAUUGACGUUUGAACAUUACUUAUUAAAGAGGAAGUGCAGGGAGAAAAAAUGGCGUACAAUAAUGUCAACUUCAUGAGACUCCUGUCAGAGGAGAGCUCUCAUUCCACCGUGUCGUCAGACUCCUGUGAGUACUAUCAGACGGAGAUAUUUGAUCAGCUGCCCAGCAUCCAGGCCAGUCGGCCCGAGCAGAGCAGACAGGCCUGCGAGGACUACCAGGGUGGCUCUGAAGCAGGGGAGGAGGUCAGCCAUGAUUCCAGAGGACCCAAAGUCAAGGCAUCCACACAGCCGCUCAGGAACCUGGUCAUGUGUAUUCAGGGAAGGAGAGGAGUCAGGGACAGGAGGAAGAUGCAAAUCAGCAACAUUGGAUUUUGGGAGUCCUGGAGGCGGAGCCAGAGCAUCAACAGGAAGAGGGUUUGGGCGCAGAUGGGAGGAACUCUCUCAGGCCUGUUGCCAUGGCAGCACACUCUCCACGCCAUUGAAGGCAGGUUUGGAGUUGGCGUGAAGGCUUACUUUGUGUUCCUCAGAUAUCUGGUUUACUUGAACCUACUUCACUGUGCUCUUAUCGGGGGCUUCGUUCUGGGGCCUACGGCAUUUUAUGGCAGAGGCAAGAACAGUGAACCUCUGACGUUUGGAGGCGAUGACUCCGUUUUGGAUUUUUUCCAGGGAUCGGGCUACCUGGAUCGAUCUCCGGUCUUCUUUGGUUUCUAUACUCCUGGUUCACUGAAUUUGCAGUGCUUGAAUACACCUCUGCUGUACCUCACUGGAAUCCUCACCAUCCUCUUCCUCAGUCUCAUCCUGGUGGUCCGUAGAACGACGGUUGGCUACAAGCACACCUGGAUGCUCGGGAAACGUCACAGUAUGAACGUGAGCUAUAAGAUCUUUUGUGGGUGGGACUUCACCAUCCAGGACCCUCCUGCUGCUGCUCUCAAACACAGCUUCAUCAGAAACGAUCUCAAGCUGUUCCUGGAGGAGCAGAGUUUCUCCCUGCGCGAAGCUCAGAGGACACUCGGACAGAGGGUGCGUCUCUACCUGCUCAGGUUCGUCCUCAACCUGCUCGUUCUCACUCUGCUGGGGGGAGCCUUCUCCCUCAUCUACUUCGCCACAAAAACAUCACAAGACGAGAGGGAUCACUACUGGUUGGUCAGGCUGGUCAUCCAUUACCUCCCUCCCAUCACCAUCAGCUUUGUCAACCUACUCCUCCCUCACAUUUUUCGCAAGAUCUCAUCUUUUGAAGACUACUCUUUCACCGUGCAAGUCAAUACCCUGCUUGUGAGGAGCAUCUUCUUGAAGCUGGCCUCACUGGGGAUCUACUUAUUUUUCAUCUUCACAACAAUUGAACUGAAUCAGCAAAAGAAUCAUUUUCACUGCCGGGAGAACCUGUUUGGUCGAGAGAUGUACAAGUUGUGUAUUUUCAACUUCCUCUGCACUUUCUGCAACGCCUUCCUCUUGAACUACCCCAGGAAGCUGCUGCAGGAGAAGUAUCCCUCAUCCUUGUUGGCCUGGUUGUGGAGAAAACAACACUUCCUGAUCCCUUUCAAUGUGUUGGAUCUCGUGUACAGUCAGACAGUGUGCUGGGUGGGAGUCUACUACUGCCCUCUUCUGCCGCUGAUAGGGGCUGUCACACUGAUGGCGACCUUCUACAUCCAAAAGUUCACGGUCCUGCGGUGCUGUGUGGCAGAGCAGAGGAUGUUUCGAGGCUCCAGCUCCUCCGUUUUAUUCCACUUUAUGUUGAUGCUUGGUCUCCUCAUGGCUGCAGCCACACUGGGCUUCAACCUUUACGAGCAAGAAGUCACAACGGGCAAAAACAUGUCGUCCUGUGGUCCAUUUGGAAAUGGAGAAAGCGUGUUUAAUGUGACAGGAGUGUGUGUGGACAGCCUCCCAAGCCCUGCGCAGUCCACUCUUCGCUACCUGGCCUCAGCAGCCUUUGCCCUGCCGCUCAUACUGGCUGAGAUUAUACUCUUAACCUCAUAUGUGUCACGGGGACGAGCCAAUCAGAAGGCCAUUGAGAGACUGAAAGACAUGCUGGUUAUGAUUUGUGCUUUCCCCUUACAGAGCAGCUCUGAUAAGCGCUUCCUGGUGAAACAGCAUACCACCGUGCUCAGACGUCUGAGGAACCCACCCAGAGUCCGUUCUGCAGCCAUCAAAGAGGAUGUCCCCCUCAACCAUUGACUCCAUGCAUAAACACUGAUUAAAGUCCCCGAGCUGUCAGGCCUGUGCAUCCACAGAUUCCACCUUUUUUUUUAUAUCCUUGCUUUGGGCGACCACCCCUGGUUGGAGGACUCAAAGGAAUGAAUUACUCUCACUGUUCCAGAUACAUACAGAGAUAAGAAAUGCAGGUGUGGCCGCUUUCUGCAAAGAUCUUACUUUAACCUUCAUACGAUGCAUCCUCUUAAUCUUUGUCACUUACAGUCAUUUUUAAUAGGAUUGAAAACUUUGAUUAUUAUUUUAUGAUCCUUGUGUGAUUGGCAAACAGUGUGUUUACAGUCAAUUAAGAAUGUAUAUUGUUUUAUCAUCAUUUAUAUGAUGGUAAUAGUAUUUAGUUGUGUUCCAAGAUGUCACUUUACUUGUAUUCAAUGAACUAAGUGUUUUUCAUAAAUCCUGCUCAUUA